AUGGACUCAGAAGUGGAGCUACUGAUUGGGAAUGCAGCAUUUUCAUUAGCCAUGCUUUUGGAAGCCACCUCCACAGUGUCAGCUCAAGUGGAAGAGCUCACCUCCAGGUGUACAGAAAACGCACAUUUCCUCUGAACAUGUCAGGACUCCCUGAAAGAAGGCUAUACUUCUGUGAAACCUGGUAACUGA